AAUAAAAAUCAUGUCAAACAAUUUUAAAAAAGUUACAUACAAACAUGCCAUACACAUAGGCUAUAAACUGUCCCUUUUCGCUCACCUUCUCUGUUCUUUCUGUGUUUAACACACACACACACACACACACACACACUGCACACAUCGAUCCAUCACCGCCUUGUUUGUUCACGCUGUUGCUGGAGGUUCACCUCUGCUCUGACUGACGCAUGCCCACAGCCUCGCUCCUCCUCUCCCCUCGGUCCCCAUGGUAACGCACGGAGGAGAGAGCAGCUUAGCAACACCGAGACAGAGAGGGAGCAUCUCUGGUCCAGACAGCGCGGUGCCAUCAAUAUUACACACAGUGGAAAACCAAGGAGGCAAGAAGAAAACAGCAGCAGCGCCCCUGGCAAACAUCUCCUCUCCUAAUCAUGAAGUUCGUGGUGGUGCUGGUGGGAGCGGGCACCCUGGCCUUCCUCGGCGCGGUCAUCUGCAUCAUAGCCAGUGUUUAUCCCCGGAAACGCGCCGCGCCUCUCAGCGACAACGGCACCCUGGCGUCGGAGAAUCUGCUGGAGCCCCUGGAGCCCGGGUCGGUGGCACACGCCGGACCGCUGGGCGCUCUGCACGGCGCCGAGUCCUAUGAUGGGGAGAACGGGCUGGGCGGCAUCGGCCUGGAGGUCCCCACUCUGAACGAGCUCAACCUCGGGGAAGAAACCGCCGGUGGGUCCGCUAAACAGUUCAGCUUCAGCCGGUUGAUCUGCACACCUGUACCGGUCGGGGAAUGCAAGACGAAAGACCUGAGGCAGCGGCGGGGGGAGCAGCAGCAGCAGCAGCAGCAGCAACAGCAGUCGGACGACCCGCUGUACGGAGCCGGGGAUGAAGACUGGACUUAUCUCCGGACCACCGCGGAGGAGCUCCGUCAGAUGGUCCUGCAGCAGAACGACCAGAUCCUCAUGGACCAGAGGACCAUCCGGGAGCUCACCGGGAAGCUGAGCGAGUGUGAGAGCGGCCUGGAGGAUGAGAGGAACGUCCCAGAGCGGAGCAUCGGGGUCUGGAGCGGCAACCGCCGCAUCAUGGCCGGGGACGAUGUGAGCUCCUCCGCCGCGGCGCAGCUGCAGACGGCGCGGGCUGUGGAGGAGCUGGCCAGGGCCAUCAUGGACCUGAAGGACCGCAUUGAGAAACUCGAGGCGGAGAUAGGCCCCGCUGCCUUGAACCUCACCGACACAUCCGUGGGUACCAGUGGCAGCAGCAGUAACAGUGGCAGUGCCAGCAGCCCGGCUGGUAACACCGGCAAAGCUCCUGCCCCGCCCACCGGUAGUGCCUCCUCCCCACCUGCUGCAGCUCCUCCAGGGGGUCGCCGUCCUGCCUCCCCUGCUUCCCCUGCCCCCAAAUCCCCAACCAAGGGCUCCCCCGGUCGUGGAAAGGGCACCUGGAGGGUGGAGGACCUGGAGGGGGAGCUGGAGCGAAAGAUCAAGCUGUUGGAGAAGGAGCGUCAGGCCAUGAGGAAGGAGACGCAGGGCCAACAUGAGAAGAUCAACCAAGGCAUUGACAACGCCAACCACCGCGUCACUGAGCUGGAACACACGCUGACAGAGCCGUCGUUCCCUGAUGGCUUUGUCCUCUCCUUCCCCAUGAGAACCAACUACAUGUACGGCCUGGUGAGAAAAGAGAUAACAGAGAUGUACGCUUUCACUGCUUGCGUGUGGCUGAAGGCUAAAGAAGGAGGCAUCGGGACCCCCUUCUCUUACUCUGUCCCGGGGCAGCCCAAUGAGCUGGUGCUGCUACAGGGAGUCCACAACCCUGUGGAGCUGCUCAUCAAUGAUAAGGUGGCGCAGCUGCCCCUGUCCCUACCACAAGACGAGUGGCAGCACAUCUGUGUCAGCUGGACCCUGAGAGACGGGGUGUGGAAGGCCUACCAGGGGGGGAAGAUGAAGGGGAGGGGAGAGGGACUGGCUGCCUGGCAUCCCAUCAAACCAGGAGGGGUCCUCAUACUGGGACAGGAGCAGGAUACACUGGGCGGGCAUUUUGAUGCCUCCCAGGCCCUGGUCGGGGAGCUUUCCCAGUUCAACCUGUGGGAUCGGGUGCUGAAGCCAGCAGAGGUCGCCGCCGUGGCCGAGUGCAGCUCCUCAGCGCUGGGCAACAUCGCCCCCUGGACCGACCACGACGUAGAUGUGUACGGUGGAGCCACCAAGGAGUCUUUGGACCCGUGCCACGCUGCCCAGAGAACCAACCCGUCCAGCCCCAAACAGUGAGGGGUGACUGGGAGAGGUCAGCCAAGGGUGGCUGUGGUGUUUGAUAGGUCAGUUUAGGAGACGAUGAUGUAUAACAAUGUAUCACAUCGGGGUUUACAGUAUAUUUGACGGGGAUGGGAGGCUUACUGGUGGACUGAAAUGUGCCAUGGAGGGAUUAAGCUGUUAAGACCGGUGUAUCUGUUUUGUUUUUAGUGUUGGUGUCCACGCUCAUGUGUUUACUUCUGCAGUGAGAUACAGUGAGUUUAGUCACAGAAUCACCUUAGUGAAGGCUUCAUAGGUGGGUCAACUUCUGGCAUGAACAGGACUCUGAUGGAAGUAUUCCAUAAUAGAUUGAUUUUUGGCAAAAUGUGCCACCCUCUGUUUAAGGAAAUGAUAUUUUGGGCCAGUUAACCGUGUGUGGUUAUUCAGGCAGAGGGCUUGAAAACAGUUACGGAAUGAACCUUUACUGAUGCCAUUUCUAAGGGUUUCUUAAUUUUACAACGCAGUGACACAAAGUUCUCGUCUUGUGUCCAGUUGGUUGUGUUUAAUGCUCAAACUGAAUUCUGAGAUGCUAUCAUAUUGAUUUAAACACUCAAUGGGAAACAAAAUGAGUUUUGUUCAUUUUUAACUGUAUAUGAUCCUGUUGAGUAACGUCUGUGUACUGUUAAGUUUUCUACAUUGCAUACCAUGAUCUGGUAAAACAGUGGUCUUAUAAAUGUAUAUUGUGUAAUGUAUCUCUGCUAAUGUUGCUCUGUGCCAGUCUGCUCCUCUCCUGCUGUAGCCUCUCACACACCUCACAGCCCUGCAAAGUUAAGUUGCAGCAUUUCUGUUUGCAGCUCAGACAAAGCAGCGCUCUCGAUCGACCCCUGAAAGAAACACUUGAUGUCUAUCCAAGCACCAAUCAGACACUGAAAUUGUGACGAACCUGAGCAGGUUUGGUAAAACUGUGUUGUAUUCCUGAAUGUAAAGCAGGUGGAAUGUCAGUGUAUUUGCAUGAGCGACGUCACAUUUCCUCUCACUAAAGAAACAAACUCAAAAAGUGUAAAUUACAGUGUUGGUGUCCCCGAGCUGCCCCACACUCUGAAACACACAGAUGUCUUUUUGGUAAGUCAGAUCCUCACAGAAUACCUGACAGUAAUGGAGGUGUAUGAAUUAGAUUAUUCCUAUGGUGGCCAUUUUGCAUUCAACAUCUGACUUGGAGGAUCAGAACAAAAAUUAGGUACUGAGCAAAUUUUAGGAUGCAUUUAUUUGUUUUCAAACCUGAUGCAUUUUUUCUGUCAUGACAGUCCAUGUUAUGAUCAUUUAUGUGGCCAAAACUACCACUUUUGACUGAAUGUUUCUUUUACUACAAAAUACUUAAUGCUACGUUUACCAAGCCCCCAGGGACAGGGCCUUGAAACCUAUUACACAUAGUGGCCAAACAUGGAAUUACAACUUCCACGCCCAUCACAUGAUGCCAUUGGGUGCACAAGGCUUUUCCCCACAAACUAACACUGCUGAAUCCAGUUCUCUCUAUACAUCCAUGUAAGGCUGCCCCCAACUAACUAUUUUCCUGGUCAACCAAUAGUCAUCAUUUAGGGUCAUUAGUCGACUAGUCGUCCGCAUCUUUACGAUAUUGAUUUAAAUAUUAAAUGAUAUAUUUUGGGCGGGGCAACACAAUGGUUUGAGUUGAAGGUGUGAGAAAGAAUAGUAUCAGUAACAUUGUUAACACUGUGCUACAUUACAGAGAAAUACAAAACCGUACUAAUGAACCUUCAUUAAUAUAGGCCUAUAUUUUAUCUACAAGUGCACGUCACACACUGAGCGAGCCGCCUAUUAAUGAUGCUGUGGGCUAAUGGGCAUGUAGCUACUUCCAUGUUUCAGAUGAUACGUCAUGUUUGGAGUCGACCGAUGAAGAUGAGUUUACAUAUCACCUUGGGUUCGUCCUUCACCUUCUCAAAAUGAUCCCACACUUUGGAAGAUAGAUUACUUGUCAAAAGAAGUGUAAUUCUGCACUUUAAAUGAAAGUAGAGUUUGUUAUCUACUGGGAAAAAUGAUGCAGCAAAGUUGUUUAAUGUUGGACCUUCGACACUGUAAAUUGUAUUUUAUAGAAAUUGAAGUAACUUCCAUAUGAUUGGGACCCAACAGCUGGAUUAAGAUGCAAAUGCUAUAUUUAUCCUGAGAAAAAACAUGACGUAUGAUGUUUACCUUCCUCAUUAGAGCACCUCGAAGUAGCCACGAUUUCAGCCUGAGGAACACCAGGUUGUCCAAGUCAAUAAUCUGCUUGACUUUUAGUCACAAUCCAGUAUUACAGUUAGCUACUGUGUAGAGGGCAAAAUAUAUUACUUUAGACUGUGAUGUUAUGUCCUCUAGUAUCUGGCAUCAAUUUAGUUUUCAGUUGGGAGACUGUGAGAUAAUUAUGUUUCUCAUAAUUUGCAUCUUUUCACAUAAACAAGACAAUUUGGAUUUGCUUACUGUCUUGUUUUGAGCUCAAUGCAAAUUCAAAAUGGACAUCAUAGGAAUAAUAUUUAGAGAAGAUGGACACUGUCAGGGGUGAGGGUUUGAUUCCCACUUUGGCCAACCACACUGAACAUGUAUCCAGUCAACACUGUGCAGUAAAGUGAACUGUAGUUCAAAUACAAUUUCACUUAUUACCUCAAGACAUCAGCCCCACAUGUGAUUUUUCACCCAGUUGUAAAGUGCCUGCCUGGGCUCUCGUGCCCGAAAUAAUAGUGAAAUGUUUUUUAUGUUUUCUUCUUCUUCGUCGUCUCUUUUUUCUCCUUCUCUCUGUCUCUCUCUCUCUCUCUCUCUCUGUUGCUUUUGGUUGUUGAAGGCUGUGACAGUGUUGCGCUUGUCCUUAUUUGCAUCUUCAUGGAUCUUCUAUGAUAUUGUGAAAUAGAUGGAUUAAAAAAAUAAAUAAAUAAUAUGGU